CUCUCUUCCCAUCUCUCUCUUUAUAUCUAUCUCUCCCCCUCUCCCUCCCUCCAGAGUGCUCAGUUCUACAAGAUGACCACAGAGAACUACCACAAGGCUGCCGACGGAAUCAACGCAAAGUUCAAGCGGUUUGAGGUGAGUCCAGUGUGUGCUGAUCUGCAGGGUCAGAUCCUGAAGUGCUACCAGGAACACAGUGGGAAGACGCUGCUCUGCUCCACCAUCGCCUCCCGCUACCUGCAGUGUGUCAACCAAGCUAAACAGAAUGGAAAUAAUGAUCUUGCCCCCCUUUGGGCAACUGCUACAGACAUUAGAAAAACAAGUUGAGGACUGGGGGCUAAGAGUGAGGUGGUGUGGCAUUACGGUUUAUCAACCCUUUAUCGACUGCAAAUGAGUGGAGAGGAGAGGAAGCACCAGAGAUCGCAACCCCGACUCGAGGUAGAAACAGAACCGCAACCUGACCAGAACCAGGAACACAAGACAACCAGACAACCCUGAGAGAGAUGGACACCCCUUAGCCCAACACCCUUCUCCCCCCCACCCCCACUGACCCCUAAACCCGUUACUCCUUCGUAAGAUCCCACCUACAGUACCUACACCCCUUCUCCCCCACCCCACUCCACUGCAUGUCUAUCUCUACUACCAAGAGGGAGGAGGACAACGGUAGCACUUCCUAAAGAGUACCACGCAGUAGCUCCAUCACGCAGCAGCAGUAGGAGAAGUGCAACUGUCCGCCAUGUUGGAGAUGCAUGAAUACAUGCAGAGACGGAGAGUUUAAGCCUAGGCGGAGUCCACCAGAACCAAUGCAGGCCCAGAGCUGAAGAUAUCCUCACGGACUGAACCACUAUCAUUACCAACACGCACCACCACCCAACCAGCACACCCCUCUUACAAAGCCACUAGUCCGCCCCAUCACCACCCAACCAGCUCACCCCUCUUACAAAGCCACUAGUCCGCCCCAUCACCACCCAACCAGCUCACCCCUCUUACAAAGCCACUAGUCCACCCCAUCACCACCCAACCAGCUCACCCCUCUUACAAAGCCACUAGUCCACCCCAUCACCACACCCUCUAUCAUAAACCUACAUGAUCACAUGACUUCUAUCCACCCUGUUGUAUCCCUCUAUCCACUAUAUAAACCUACAUGAUCACAUGACUUCUAUCCACCACAUGACUUCUAUCCACCCUGCUGUAUCCCUCUAUCCACUAUAUAAACCUACAUGAUCACAUGACUUUUAUCCACCACAUGACUUCUAUCCACCCUGUUGUAUCCCUCUAUCCACUAUAUAAACCUACAUGAUCACAUGACUUCUAUCCACCCUGCUGUAUCCCUCUAUCCACUAUAUAAACCUACAUGAUCACAUGACUUCUAUCCACCAGGCUUCACCCUACUGUAUCCCUCUAUCCCUGUGCACUGUCCUGCACACACACCAUUGUGUCUGAGCGUUGCGUGUGUUCCAGUGUGUUUAGUAAUGCAUCUACUUGUUUUGUUUUCAUCCCAACCGUGUCACAAUCACUUCUGACACACGUCUGAUCAGAGGAAAUUAAAGAAUGAAUCCGGAAUUGA